AUGGCUACCCAUCCCCUCUUUGCAUUCGCGAAACCCGCUCCAGACAAGUUUGCCCCGCGCACCGGGAUUUUGACUAUAGAACGCGGUGACAGCGGAGGAUCUUAUCAAACGGAGACUCCAGCGCUGCUCACCGCGACCUCGCGCGGCAUUGUACCUCACCUCUCGCGCGACCAUCUGUAUAUCUCUCAGGCCAUUCAGCACGUACAACUCCCCUUCGAGUCCUUCAUCAACAAAAGCCCUCCAAUCCCAACUCUCGUCGAUGGCCCCCAUCCACUACACAAAUUCUUGGGCUAUUCUCCGGAGAAGCAUAUCCUUACUAUGACACUCCGCGAUCCGUCGGAUGGGAGAAAAAUGCCACCCAAUGGGAACGACUUCGUAUCGGCGCAUUGCACCCGGGGAGUACGCAAGGUCACCGCAUCUACAUGGAAAUCAUACGUGCAGAAGUGCAAGCCCGACAUCGUAGUAGCGCUAUCCGACACACCGUUCACGCUGCCGCCACACUCCCAGAAACGGCUCACCAAAAGCAUCGAGCGGUCAAUCGCGUGGCUCUCAAACAUACUCAAAGUGCCCGCCGUCUCAUCCACGCCCGAUGCCAACACGCGGCCGCAACACGUUCUGCUCCAUCUAGCGGGGGGCGCGAUUCCGGACGCGCGCGCCGAGUUCGCAGAGCGUCUUACGGAUCCCGUCGAACGCAGAGAUGCGGCCGAACUCGUUCCAUUGAACACACUUGACGACGGCGUCGCGGGCUAUGUCUUCGACUUGCUACCCCUACGUGCCGCGCUCGAAGCAGAAUCACAACCUGCACGGGACGAAGGGGAUCUGGCCGGCGGGCUGCUCCGCGUGAGCGACCGACACCGCUCCUCACCCGAGUCCUCAAAUACUCUGGCAGGGUUGCUACAGUCGUCGCUGCAAGCCCUCCCGUCGGGAAAACCUCGCAUUCUGAACUCGCCCGCGUCGCCGCACGAAGUGCUUCGCCUUGUGCGCGACAUUGGCGUCGACCUUGUGGAUUCGUUCUGGGCACAGCGCGCUGCCGACAUGGGGAUCGCACUCGACUUCCGUUUCCCCAUUCCAGACGGCCCCGUGCCAACUCCGUCUGACUGUGCACCACCGCGCAAACGGAAGAGCGGUCGCUUGGAUCUUGGGCACAAUCUGUUUGAUUCUCCGUACAUCCACGACCAUGGCAGGCUUGCGUCUUCUCUCCUCGACGGGCAAUCCGCCACACCAUCGGAAGGGGGCCAACCUGUCUGCGAAUGCGCCGCCUGCUCCCCUCGUUCUCCCCCGGCGCGUCUCCUGCAUAGCACGAUCGACUGCCAGGCGUGGCAGGAUGCGGCAUGCCCUACUUCGCCCAACGCUGCACAACCGCCUGUCACGCGCGCAUAUGUUCACCACCUCUUGCAUACGCAUGAGAUGUCCGCACAUGGGCUGCUAGCGAUGCACAAUAUCUCCGUCUUCGCCGCGUUCUUGGCCGGAAUUCGCUCCGUCCUUGCACGCGACGAUCCGGGGGCGGAGUUUGCGCGAGAGGUCGCGCGGUUCGAGGAGGCCUACGACGAGGAGUUGGGUCUGUGGGAUGAAGCGGAGGAGAUGUGGUUGCUGGUCGAGCGGGCUCGGGGGAAGGGGCGACUCGCGCGCGAGAAGGAGAAGCAGGCACAGUCUACGAUUGGGACCGCUGUAGAUAUCUAG